AUGGUCUACACAAUUACCGUUCACCUCCACGCGAACGACCAUCCUGACUCGGUUGAGCGCAUCAAGGCCAAGCUCAUCGAGGCCUCUCGCGUCUAUUCCCAGGACAGGGAGACAGUCAGCUGGUUCGUCAUGCAGGACGUCCAUGACCCCAGGUCAUUUACCAUCGUAGAGCGCUUCGAGACCGAAGCUAGCCAAAAGUACCACCUUGAGAACCCCUACUGGAAGACCUUCGACCCUUAUGUCGUGCCCUUGCUUGAUAGACCGAUGGACCUGAGAAGACACGAGGAGUUGGAUACCUCUAAGGAUGUCGUCGUUCCUCAAUAG